GGUAGCAUGAGUUCACCUUCAACGAUACCCCAGGCGAUAUGUACCCUGAAUGGGCAGAUUCCACUUUGAUAUCACGAAGUAGGGUACCUAUUUGAGCCAUUUUUCCAGAUCUUUAGACCCUGGCCUACCCGUGCAACCACUCCACAGAGAAUGUUUUCUUUUGCCUAGAGUGGUGGAUGGUUUGGCGGAAGACGUUCCUCGGAGAAGGAACCCUUGGCCAAGCACAGCUGCGUUUUCUAGAAGCCUACUGGGGCAAGAAUACACGCGUUGUCCUCCGUACAGUCACAAGUCGUCAUGUGCACACCUGCAUCCACCUGAUAAUACGGUUGAUCGCAGUCUGCAUCAUGAGAUUGCGCCAGAGCGCAAGUGAAGAGACAUUGCUGGGCAUUCAGCUGUUGCACAUCGCACCCCACAGCGCUUCCGUUCGAGUUGGUGUAAAUAACUCUAGCGAUGGCAUGGCAAAGAAAAAGCAAUGCGGGAAUUUCAAUGAAGCUCGAAUUUCGGCCGAAGCGGCCAUGCUCUUAAAAAAAAAAAAAGAAAAAGCGCAAACGGAGGGCUUCUUUGCCGAUUUAUCCUUGAACUUAUUUGCCGAAUACUGACGGCACAGAAGGUACGAUUAACUCAACUGAGUGGAUAUUAUCGUUUAAUAUUGUCGACUACUCCGUACAAUUAUUUGGAACCAGGUAGAUUACAUUUUGGUAGCUCCUCCAUCCGCAGGUACGGAGCCUCGUCUAUCGCAUCGGGUGAAUGAGGGACUCCUGCCCAAGAAACGGUGAAUAGAACCCAAAUCGUUAUCAAGACCUUGUCGCUGUCAUUUUCACUCCAAAAGCCCUGAACUCUAAUUGCGGCCUCUCUGCGCUACAUUAUCGAAUUUGCGGGAAUUGGAG